GAAGGCCAGCAUGGCACGUGGUGACUCCAACUGACGUUCACCCAACAAACACAGUCGCGCCUGCCGUAACGACUCCGUUUAUUGCCACUUUACGAUCCGUAACGCUCGUAACGACGCACGCAGACGUCAGUUACGCAAGACUGUUGACAUUCUACAGAGAACAACGAAUACCAACGGCCUGGCAGUUGGGGCUCGGAAAUAGACUCGGAAAGCCCUCGUUGAAUAGACAUGGAGACGAAAGAGGAGGCUGCUGAUGCAGAGAAAGGAGCUGAAGGGAAGGAGAUUGCCACGAGCCAGACUCCCGAUACACCACAGAGUGCAGUCACAAGGACGUCAGGCACGCGGCACCGCGCGCCGUCUCGCCCUGGAGCUCCGAGCCAGGCGGAGCGGCAGGCGCGUCUCAUCGGGCAGCUCAAGGCGGCCGAGGCCAGGGCUCGCAUCCGUGCCCUGCGCCUCCGCUACCAGCGCAUCCGUGCAAACGAGAUCAACCACCUUGUCGCCAGCCAGCCGACAGCCACGAAAGCGAUGCGCCUGGAGGCUCUGCUACCAACCAAACCGAGCUCUCCAGAGCCUCCUGACCCACUCGAUAAGCUGCAGAGGUUUCGGAUCGAGCAAAUAUUGGAAGACGAACAGGGACUGACCACGAAGCGGACCAUUUAACCCGGGGGGGGGAUUAAUCACUGAGAUGAUCUGCUAUCGACUGCCAUGUCUCCCUCUGGCAGUGCCGCAACUUCUCUCGCGGGCAGGCAGCAGUAUAAAAUGCUCUUCAACACGGAGAAGGCCAAUCAGUCUGCACGUCUGUGCCUUGCUCGACGUCUUAAAUGCAGUAUACGUUUAUGAUUUACAUCGAAAGAGAGGGAGCACGCCUCCGACAUAAAGCACUGAGCUCUCUAUGCAGUAAGCCUGA